CCAUGUCUUCAUUUCACUUCAAGCAAGGUGAAAACAUUACUUUCUCACUUUUCCAACCAAAAGAUAAACAAAUCUCAGUUCCUUUUCUCUCUAUUAUAUGUCAUAAUGAUUUCAUCAUUGUCACUGUCAACAGCAAUUUAAUAUACGCCCAAUUUAGAUAGGUACCGAUCUGGAUGCUGUAAUAGCUACACGAAAAAACACGAAGCAGAGACUUGAGGCACAAAUUCAGCACGAAGGCCUAACACAUAUUUACCUAUUGACUGAUCCUGUAUCAUCUCCUAGGUCCCUUUGAACUCUAAAUGUAUAGACAUCUAUUCUGAGAGCGUUCAAAUAAAAGAAUCUGUAGGGAGUUAAAAACAGACGUCCGGAAUAGAGUCUGAGGAUCAAGACUAUUUAGUACUGCAGAAUUCCAUAAAAAUAAACUAAAUUUUCCAAAGUCUGUAGCCUACUUCAUUGUCAAGCAAAAGCGAAUAAUUAACUCCUAAAUGAGAGUCAAGAAUCGCUGAUCGGUGAGCAAACCCAGGUGUGGUUCUGGAAAAAAACCAUGUUCCUAUGGCAACUUUCAAUCGCCAUUUUAAGAGUUCUCGCUGCCUCCCGCCCUGACGUCACUUCCGGUGUUACCUGCGUUGUUACCGGGAGCCGUAAACAAGGUGUGCAAGCAUCUGGAGAGCGGUCGCGAUGCAGCAGAGCGGAGCGGCGGGAGGCCGCGGCUGCGCUCUGUUCCCACUGCUGGCAGUCCUGUUCUUUCAGGGUGUUUGCAUCGUCGUUUCCUUGGAGAUUAAGGCAGAUGCCCAUGUCCGGGGUUAUGUUGGAGAAAAGAUCAAGUUGAAAUGCACCUUCAGGUCGACUUCAUCUGUCACUGACAAACUCACCAUAGACUGGACAUACCGACCUCCCAGCAGCAGUCGCACGGAGUCGAUUUUUCAUUAUCAGUCCUUCCAGUACCCCACCACAGCAGGUACAUUUCGGGAUCGAAUUUCCUGGGUUGGAGACGUGUACAAAGGGGAUGCCUCCAUCAGCAUAAGCGAUCCUACCAUAAGGGACAAUGGGACAUUCAGCUGUGCUGUGAAGAAUCCGCCAGAUGUGCACCAUAAUAUUCCCUUGACGGAGCUCACAGUCACAGAGAGGGGUUUUGGCACCAUGCUCUCCUCUGUGGCCCUGCUUUCCAUUCUUGUCUUCAUUCCCUCGGCGGCGGUGGUGGUUCUGCUGCUGGUGAGAAUGGGGAGGAAGUCUGCGGGGCUGAAGAAGAGGGGCAAGUCUGGCUACAAGAAGUCGUCCAUUGAGGUUUCGGAUGACACCGACCAGGACGAGGACGGCUGCAUGGCGAGGCUUUGUGUCCGUUGUGCCGAGUGCCUGGAUUCAGAUUCUGAAGAGAUAUAUUGAUGAAAGUCUGCCUGAUACAAGAAGAGUCACCUAGUAACAGAGAACGUUCCAUUCCACUGGCUAAAGCCUCUCAGAGAAGUGGAGCUGGCCUGGACAAUAGUGAUGGAGGGUUCAGGAAGUCAUCAGUAAAGACUUUAGGGACCAUUUAUUUAUUGAAGAAAUGUUCUUUUUGUAUUUAUAAACUGUUUAAAAACUCUUCAAAGAGACUCAUAACCACCCCCUCUUGAUAACUUAUACUGUAAUUGAAUGAAGGAAUUCUUUUCCUGAAUAGAAAGAUACUUUUUUCCGCCUUUGCUCUUGAAUGUAUUACAUGUUUUCUUCCAAGUAUUCGAGGGAGAAUCUCAAUGUUGGCCGUACUGUUGAUGCCAAAAUAUUUUUCUUUUUAAUGAAAUGGAGCCUGUGACUUUCUGAUGUGCUAGCAGUCAAAAUGUUUGUUUGGGAUAAGUAUUGUUUGUUUUUUGCGCCAUGAACAUUUUCAGCUGUGAGUUAGCACACAGCAUGUACUCGUUGGUUUAAUCAUCUCAUCAUCAAUUGUGUUUGGAUGGCUUGACUGUAUAACCCUAAUUUCCUUAGCGUUGGUAGGAUCAGGAGUCAAUGGUUUGCUUUGACUGGGUUUUUAAAGUAUUAAAGUGUCAUCAAUUUACAGUUAAGCAAAAUAA